AUGUUUGAACUCCAAACCAUUCAAGGAGAUGGGUUUUGGUCAGCUGCUCCCAGGCAUUCAGCAGAAAACGCUGUCAGAAGAUUUGCUAGCAAAGAGCUUGAGCUGUCGUAUAUCCCUGAGCAGACGAUGAAAACAUCGCUGAUAUCUGAAACCAAAUUUAGAGAAUCUCCUUCCGCUGUCUUGCCAGAAACAAGUUCCAAUCCCCGAGAGCCCCCUAUUCCUCAACUUGGUACUCGGCUACAAGAGAUGCCCUUUGAUCAAUCCAUGACUGUGAGGCUGACAGCUUGUAGGUUCACAACCUUGCAAGUUUCAUCCUUUACCUAUGGCUCCUGUUAUGCUUUUCCAAGAUACAUCAGUUUCUCUGAAAUGGAUGGAUAUCAACUCCUGGAGGAGUACAGGGAGUACAUGGAGUUUAGGGACACAGGAAGGACAAGGAAUGUACACACCCCAGGACCUCUCAUGAAUAAACAAAUCAGCCACUCUGCAUCAAUUGCAUCGCAUCAUGAUGUCGGUUAUGCUUGCACCCGAUGCACCAUUCAGUUACCCGUCACCCAUGCCCCCCCUCCCCCCUCUCCCCUUCUCCUGCCAAAAACUGCCUCCUUCCUCUUUUUUUCUUUUAGAAGCAGUCUUGCCUUUUUUUUUUUUGUUACCGCCACAAAUAUUUUUCACAAUCUCUAA